AUGGGUGAAUGCCCAGUACACAAGUCUGCCAACGUGGCUGGCCACGGCACUCGCAACCGCGACUGGUGGCCCGAGAACCUGAAGCUUAACAUUCUGCGCCAGCACACCGAGGCUACCAACCCAUUGCACAAGGAAUUUGACUAUGCGACUGCUUUCAAGAGCCUCGACUACUAUGCCGUCAAGAAGGACCUGCAAAAUCUCAUGACCGACUCCCAGGAGUGGUGGCCCGCCGACUUUGGCCACUACGGUGGUCUCUUCAUCCGUAUGGCCUGGCACAGCGCCGGUACCUACCGUGUCUUCGAUGGUCGUGGUGGCGGCGGCCAGGGCCAGCAGCGAUUUGCUCCUCUCAACAGCUGGCCCGAUAACGUCUCCCUCGACAAGGCUCGCCGCCUGUUGUGGCCCAUCAAGCAGAAGUACGGCGACAAGAUCUCUUGGGCCGAUCUGCUGCUCCUGACCGGUAACGUUGCCCUCGAGUCCAUGGGCUUCAAGACCUUCGGUUUCGCCGGUGGCCGUGCCGAUGUUUGGGAGGCCGAUGAGUCCGUCUACUGGGGCAGUGAAGUUGAGUGGUUCACCAAUAAUAUUCGUUACAAGGCCGAGACCGAGGAGGAUGCCGCUAAGCAGAGCGACAUCCGCACUCGUGAUCUCGAGGACCCCCUCGCUGCUGUCAUCAUGGGUCUGAUCUACGUCAACCCCGAGGGUCCCGAUGGCAACCCCGACCCCGUUGCUGCUGCCCGUGAUAUCCGUGUCACCUUCGGCCGCAUGGCCAUGAACGACGAGGAGACCGUCGCUCUCAUUGCCGGUGGUCACACCUUCGGUAAGACCCACGGUGCGGCUGCCGCUGACAAUGUCGGCAAGGAGCCGGAGGCCGCCGACAUCCACCAGCAGGGUCUUGGCUGGACCAACGCCCACGGCACUGGUAAGGGACCUCACGCCAUCACUUCCGGCCUGGAGGUGACCUGGACUCGCACUCCUACCAAGUGGAGCAACCAGUUCCUCGAGUAUCUCUUCAAGUAUGACUGGGAGCUCACCAAGUCCCCCGCUGGUGCCAACCAGUGGGUUGCCAAGACCACCGACGAGAUUAUCCCCGAUGCGUUCGAUGCCAACAAGAAGCACCGGCCCACUAUGCUGACCACUGAUCUGUCCCUGCGUUUCGAUCCCGCCUACGAGAAGAUCUCUCGCCGCUUCCUGGCUAACCCCGACCAGUUUGCCGACGCUUUCGCUCGCGCCUGGUUCAAGCUUCUCCACCGUGAUAUGGGUCCCCGUGCCCGCUGGCUCGGCCCUGAGGUCCCCAAGGAGACUCUCCUCUGGGAGGACCCCAUCCCCACCGUUGACCACCCUCUGAUCGACGCCGAGGAUGCCGCUGAGCUGAAGCGCCACAUUCUCAACUCUGGUGUUGAGCCCUCCAAGUUCAUCUCUACUGCCUGGGCCUCUGCCUCCACUUUCCGUGGCGGUGACAAGCGUGGUGGUGCCAACGGUGCCCGCAUCCGCUUCGCCCCCCAGAACAACUGGAAGGUCAACAACCCCGCCCAGCUGCGUGAGGUCCUGAGCGUCCUUGAGGAGCUCCAGCGCAAGUUCAACAGCUCCCAGACCGGUAACAAGCGUGUGUCGCUGGCCGACCUCAUCGUUCUGGCUGGUUGCGCCGCCCUGGAGAAGGCCGCCGGUAUCCCCGUCCCCUUCACCCCCGGUCGCAUGGAUGCCAGCGAGGAGCAGACAGAUGUCGACUCCUUCAGCUUCCUCGAGCCCGUUGCCGACGGUUUCCGCAACUACGGCAAGUCCUCCCUCCGCGUCCGCAGCGAGCACCUGCUCGUUGACCGCGCCCAGCUCCUGACCCUGACCGCUCCCGAGAUGACCGUCCUGGUCGGUGGUCUUCGCGUCCUGAACGGCAACUUCGACCGCUCCAACUAUGGUGUCUUCACCCAGCGCCCCGGCCAGCUGACCAACGACUUCUUCGUCAACCUCCUUGACAUGAACACCGUCUGGCAGCCUACUGAUGACAAGAACGAGACCUUCGAGGGUAUCGACCGCAAGACCGGUGCCAAGAAGUGGGAUGCUACCCGUGUCGAUCUCAUCUUCGGUCACCACGCCGAGCUGCGUGCUCUGGCUGAGCUGUACGGCUCUUACGAUGGCCAGUCUAAGUUCGUGCGCGACUUUGUUGCUGCCUGGGACAAGGUGAUGAACCUGGACCGCUUCGAUGUGGUUUACUCUGGCAGCCAGGGCCGUGCUCGUCUGUAA